UUCCUGACGCAGUGAGUCUGAUAGACUCACAUACGUAAAGUAAGGUUAUAAACCUGCAAUAUCACUCGCGCGUUCCUUUUAUUCAUUGAACAAUUGACAUUUUAUCUGAGUGUAAAAUACUCACAUAACUGAUUGACUCAGUAUCACUUGAGUGCAAAUGGAAAGCUAAUGGAAAACUAAUAUUUGUAAAAUAUAUCUCGUGUUAAAUUAUGGCGGAGGAAGAAUCCGAGGAAAAGGAAUAUCGCUGGGAAACUGGUUAUGAAAAGACAUGGGAAGCGAUUAAGGAGGAUGACCAUGGAUUAUUGGAAGCAUCUGUCGCAGAUAUUAUUCAUAAUGCUAAGAAACGUCAAUUGGAAAGAAAACAGGGUGCUCGAUUAGGAAUGAUGAGACAUCUUUAUAUCAUCUUGGAUGCCUCUGAAUCAAUGUCAAAUCAAGAUUUAAAGCCGACUCGAUUCUUGUGUUCCCUAAAACUUUUAGAAGACUUUAUCGAAGAAUUUUUUUAUCAAAAUCCUAUUAGUCAAUUAGGUGUGAUUAUAACUAGAAAUAAAAGGGCUGAAAAGAUUAGUGAUUUGGCUGGCAAUUCAAAAAAGCACAUUAGGGAAUUACAAGCUCUACAACAAACUGUAAUAACUGGUGAACCUUCCUUGCAAAAUUCUUUGGAAUUAGCUACAAAAUCAUUGAAAUUAUUACCAUCUCAUGCUAGUAAAGAAAUAUUGAUAAUUAUCGGAGCUCUUACUACUUGUGAUCCAGGAGACAUCAAUGAAACAAUACGAAAUAUGAAAUUGGAUGGUAUUAGGUGUAGCGUAAUAGGAUUGGCAGCUGAAUUAUAUAUUUGUAAACGAAUGGCAAACGUUACUGGUGGAGAACACGGUGUUGUGCUUGAUGAUAAGCAUUACAAAGAGCAAUUAAAUGCGCAUAUAGAUCCUCCACCUGCUGCAACACGAUUAGAUGCAGCGCUUGUGAAAAUGGGCUUUCCUCAUCAUGCCUUACAUUCUAAUGCAUCGGAUACAUCUAUGACAGUAUGUAUGUGCCAUGCAGAAAACUCUGAUGAAUCGGUAAAACUUAUGAGUACUGGCUAUCUUUGCCCUCAAUGUUUUAGUAAGCAUUGCGAGCUUCCCGUCGAGUGUAGAGCUUGCGGUCUUACUUUAGUAUCUGCUCCACAUUUAGCACGAUCAUAUCAUUACCUAUUUCCUGUUGAAGCUUUUAAAGAAGUUGCAUUUGAAGGCAACUAUUUAUUCUGCUUUGGAUGCCAAAAAAUUUUUACGCAAAAGGACAAAAAGGUCUAUAUUUGUGAAAAAUGUAAUCAAACAUUUUGUUUAGACUGUGAGAUAUUUAUUCAUGAAAUCUUACACACAUGUCCUGGUUGUGCAACAAAUCCUGCAACGUACAAUAAAACUAUAGAUAAAUCUUAAAAAAGAUUUGUAUAAAUUUUGUAUAAGCAUUGCAAAAGAGCAAUAAAAAUAAUACUACAGAAUAAUCUUAA